AUGUCUGCUCUUUUCAACUUCCAGUCGUUGCUUCUCGUGAUUCUCCUGAUAAUCUGCACGAGCAGCUAUGCUCACUCGAUAAUGCCGGGGAUCAUGGACCGGAACCAGAAUGGAAUCUUUGGGAUCUUCUGGAAGUGUGCUCGGGUCGGAGAGCGACUUAGCCCGUACGUCAGCAUAUGCUGUGUCGUGAUGGCAGUCUCGAUCUUCUUCGGUGGUUAA